AUGGCCACAGAAGGAACUGUCUGCAACCAGCAGCUCAUAACUAGAGUUAAAUUCCAUCAAAAGCAAUCAGAAUGCCCUGAAGCUGCAUGCCCAGAGAGCUGGAUUGGUUUCCAAAUAAAGUGUUUCUACUUUUCUGAUGACACCAAAAACUGGACAUUCAGUCAAAGAUUCUGUGUCUCACAAGGUGCUGAUCUUGUUCAGGUUGAAACUUUACAGGAACUGCAUUUCCUAUUGAGGUAUAAAGGUCCCUCAGACCACUGGAUUGGGCUGAGCAGAGAACAAGGCCAAACAUGGAAAUGGAUAAAUGGCACUGAAUGGACUGAAUGUUUUCCGGUCAGAGGAGGAGGGGAGCAUGCCUACCUGAGUGACAAAGGUGCCAGUAGUGCGAGGCGCUACACAGAGAGAAAGUGGAUUUGUUCCAAACUAGACACACAUGACCAGAUGCGGAGGCAAAGCCCCUAA